GAGCUCUCCAUGGUGGUAUAAAAGACCUCUGCUGUGGUCUGUUCAGCACAUUGAAGACAUGGCCUUCCUGUGGAUUCUCUCCUGUCUCGCCUUCGUGAGCUCAGCCUUUGGCUGUGGCAUUCCUGCCAUCAAGCCCGUCGUCACUGGCUACUCCAGGAUUGUCAACGGUGAGGAGGCUGUGCCCCACUCGUGGCCCUGGCAGGUGUCCCUGCAGGACUACACUGGCUUCCACUUCUGCGGUGGUUCUCUGAUCAAUGAGAACUGGGUUGUGACUGCUGCCCACUGCAAUGUGAGGACCUCCCACCGUGUCAUUCUGGGUGAGCAUGAUCGCGCCUCUAACUCUGAGAACACCCAGGUCAUGAAGGUCGGCAAGGUCUUCAAGCACCCCCGUUACAAUGGCUACACCAUCAACAACGACAUCCUCCUGAUCAAGCUGGCCUCUCCCGCCCAGAUGAACCCCCGUGUGUCUCCCGUCUGUGCGGCUGAGACCAACGACAACUUCUCCGGUGGUAUGAGGUGUGUCACCUCCGGAUGGGGUCUGACUAGGCACAAUGCCGCUGACACCCCUGCCCUCCUGCAGCAGGCCUCUCUGCCCCUGCUGGACAACCAGCAGUGCAAGAAGUUCUGGGGCAACAAGAUCACCGACCUCAUGAUCUGCGCUGGAGCUGAUGGUGCCUCCUCUUGCAUGGGUGACUCUGGUGGCCCCCUGGUCUGUGAGAAGGCUGGAGCCUGGACCCUGGUUGGUAUUGUGUCCUGGGGCAGUGGCACCUGCACCCCCACCAUGCCUGGAGUGUACGCCCGCGUCACCGAGCUCCGUGCCUGGAUGGACCAGACUAUCGCCGCUAACUAAAGCUGUCAUAGUUGUUUAUAGUUUCACCUUUCUUUUAAAUAAAACAGCACUUUGAAGGAAA